AUGAUUGAAUCUCAGAGGCAUUCUUAUCAUUUGGUAGAUCCAAGUCCAUGGCCUAUUUCGGGUUCACUCGGAGCUUUGGCAACCACCGUAGGAGGUGUGAUGUACAUGCACCCAUUUCAAGGGGGUGCAAGACUUCUAAGUUUGGGCCUCAUAUUUAUCCUAUAUACCAUGUUCGUAUGGUGGCGCGAUGUUCUACGUGAAUCCACGUUGGAAGGACAUCAUACCAAAGUCGUACAAUUAGGACCUCGAUAUGGUUCUAUUCUGUUCAUCGUAUCGGAGGUUAUGUUCUUUUUUGCUUUUUUUUGGGCUUCUUCUCAUUCUUCUUUGGCACCUGCGGUAGAGAUCGGAGGUAUUUGGCCCCCAAAAGGGAUUGAGGUUUUAGAUCCUUGGGAAAUCCCUUUUCUUAAUACCCCUAUUCUCCCUUCAUCCGGAGCUGCCGUAACUUGGGCUCAUCAUGCUAUACUCGCGGGGAAAGAAAAACGAGCAGUUUAUGCUUUAGUAGCUACCGUUUUAUUGGCUCUAGUAUUUACUGGCUUUCAAGGAAUGGAAUAUUAUCAAGCACCCUUCACUAUUUCGGAUAGUAUUUAUGGUUCUACCUUUUUCUUAGCAACAGGCUUUCAUGGUUUUCAUGUGAUUAUAGGUACUCUUUUCUUGAUUAUAUGUGGUAUUCGGCAAUAUCUUGGUCAUCUGACGAAGGAGCAUCACGUUGGCUUUGAAGCAGCUGCAUGGUACUGGCAUUUUGUAGACGUAGUUUGGUUAUUCCUAUUUGUCUCUAUCUAUUGGUGGGGAGGUAUAUGAAGGAACGAAAGAGUGGAUUACAAAAUGAAAGCUCGAAGACAAAGAGAACCGGGCUUUUCCAAAGAAUUACUGCAGCUUUCCCACUCCCUUUGAUUAUCAUAUACAAUAAAGUCUCUUCCACUUUCCUACCAAAUCUAUCUUUAUUCUGGCACAUAAAUGAAGGAAUCGAAGAGAUUAUGGCAGAUCAUGUUCACCAAGAA